AAAUUUGUGUUUGUGUACAUUCCAGAAAAAAAUUGAAAAAAAAAAUAAAGAAUUUUUAUAAUUGGCUCGUAAGCUUGUUAACCAAAUUAAACUGCGGGUAUGGCUGUAACAAAAACUAAGGAAUGGUCACGAGCGCAAAAGUUUGUGCCCAAGGAUAAUUUGACAACAGAGGCUGGCUUACGAGCUCAGAAGCAUGUAAUGGAGUCUUGUAUUGACAAAGAUGACGACUCACCGCCAAUGAGCCUGAUAAUUGGCAUGGAAUAUGGACGCAUGUGGUUGAGAGAGCGCGAGAAGUUUGUAAAGCAACAUGCAAAAAUAAUGCAGAGCAAGGUGAUUAAAAAUGAUUUCGAAUGGUGGCUAAAGCAAAGAAAGACGACGAAAAAAUUUUGUGGCAAUAAAUAGUGAACAGAGUCGGAAAUCAGAGCAAUAGACAUUAUAAACAUUACUAAAAUUGCAGUUAUAAAAUCUUAAAAAAAAAUAGACAAUAAAUAGCAGCAACAAAUAAA